AAUCCGGUUGCUGAAAGACAGUCGUAUACAUACUGUACCGUCAGUUCAUAGCGACUAUACCAUCGACGAACAAGGGACAGUUCAUUCGGUUUUUAGAACAGUUAACCAACAGUAUUACCCCGAGUGACUAAUUUUCCAAAUAUUUCUUCAAAAAAUUGAACUCUCUAAAACUCUUUUCCCAUUUCGUGACAACGAACAAAGUGUUCGAGAAUGUAACGAUAAAGAAAGAGAAAACAGAAAGAUUAAAAUAAGUGCUACAUGUGUUCGACUUUGUAAACUUUCCAUUUAAGUUUAUCGUUCUUAGAAUAACAUACAAUCAUCGAAGAUGACUGUAAUUAGUACGAAACUUAUAUUUCUUUGUUUGUUGUUCACCAUGGAUCAAUUUACCAAUAGUUACGCAAAGAUUGGUUAUAUAGACGUAAUGGAAUUAUUAAAAGUUGGCCACGGAAUAGUAACGGAUGCUUUUGAAUCGUGGGAAUUAAUACGACCCAAAGAUCCUGAAUACGAUAACACCUUGCCAUUUGUACACAGAAUGGAAAAAGAAUUAAGAAAUCGGAUAUCAAAAGUGUCGCGCGAACUCGAUAUGUACCAACAGAAACUGGAAAUACGUAUGGAUACAAUUAUGGCUAAACUUUUGAACGAUAUACCGUUACGACAAAACCUAGAUCAAAGGUUACGCAGAAUUGACGAACUCGUUGGCCAAAUCGAUGAUUUGUACGCUACUUUCCAAAUGUUCGUCGUAGAACCCAGAAGAUACGAGCAAUUUACGCUAGAGGAUUUCGCGAGUACAUGUGUUUCCUCCAGAUCAGGCGCCCUACCUGACAUGCUGAAAACCCUCCAUCGAUUAUUUAUCCCUUAUGAUGGAAUUUCAUUUAGCAAAAGCGUUCUUGUGUUGCUGGGGAAUCAAAUGCAGGCAGCAGCUUCUCAAAUUUGUAAUGAAAAUCAGUCGCUUCAACAAUUGCUAUAUAAUUUGUACACUACGAUAACGCUCUCGGAAAUUAGGGGCUACAGUAUGGUUCAGUUCUCCUAUAUACUGUUGAGACUUUAUAAUCCAGGUUCUAACUUCACUCAAGAAAUGGCAAUGGUCAGGCAACAAUAUGAAACGAGAACAUCGGAGACCAUAAGGGCCGUGAAAACGGCUAUGGCUUUUGCGCCCAAAGAUGUUUGGAGAUGCGAUGUGGCGGAACCUAAAUUGGAUGAAACGUACACUUAUCUAAAUCGGUUAUUCCAAGGAUACGUUGUUAACGAGGUAGACCUAAAUAGACAGUCGACGUGUAGAGAAAACUGCGCGUAUUAUUCGUACUCUAAAGUGUAUGGAUGUUAUAAAAAUCAAUUUUGCCAGUCGCAACGGAAGUGUAAUGGCAAAAUAGUAAACUGUGAAUACAUUGAUUCGGACAUGUGGAUUUGUCCAUCGUCACGUGAAAGUGAUAGAAGAUACGAGUAUAUAGAAUACGAAAAUGGUAAUAUCUUUGGACAGAAGAAAAGUUGUAGUAAUCCAAAAACGAAAGUGGAUAGCUGGUGGCGUUGGAUAUUCUGGCAUUGCAGUUAUUGCUUUUGUUACUGUGAUGAUAGUAGCGCGAAAUCUGACCGAUACUUUAGUUUGCGGGAGGUUCUAUCCGAUGUAGAGAAUAACAAAGUUGUAACGGGCAUCCAACUGAAGAAAGUCAAUCAGAUAAUACAUUUGCAAAUAAAAGAGGGUCAACUGUUGCCUUUUGGAAACAUUAAUGAAACUAACGUUCAAUGGAAACCAGUUGAUGCAUUUUCAGUACUGGAUACUGACGUCAGAAAAGAUGUUGAUUACCAUACCAUAAUGUGGGAGAAAAGAGGCGUGGAUCUAGAUGUCUUAGAAAAAGAUGACAACUACCUUUUAACAGGUGUCAAAUUUAGGACAAUUGGUCCACGGUUGAAUUUAGAAGCAAGAUUUACACCGUUUAAUUUCACAACCGGAAAACUGAUAGAUCCAGUAGGAAGAAGUGUCUGGGUCACUAAUGACGUAACCGACAGGGAGAAAUUAAAAUUGGAGAAACCUGAUAUUCCAACUCGUCAAGCUUUACUGUCAUUACCAGACUCAAAGCCAAAUCAGUACGUGAAUUUUGAACCAAGUGAUCGUGCAAGCGAUGCAGCACAAAAUACGAUACCAUUCCUCGAUAUUCAACCAGUAGAACCAAAUCCUCCCGUUCCACUAAUGGGUGCCGGUAUAUACCAUAAAGGUAGAAAGGGAUCAGGAGGAUAUAUAGCGAUGAAAUUAGUCACAUAUGAUUUCACCCGACAUUUACAAGCCGAUUUACCUCCCGCACCACCCAUUAUCAAUACUACGAAUGAAAUACAAGCAGUAUAAAUAUUAACUGUACCCGGGCAAUACUAUUAUAGUUUAUAGAAUAUCUUUUAUAUAUAUUGUUUCUAUUUUCAUGUCUUUCGAUUAUGUAUACUUAGUAAUCAAUUGUUCGUAUCUUAUGUACGUACAUUUUUUUAAAAAUUUGCACUUCUGUUAUAAUUGAUUAUUCCAGUGUUUGUGCCAUCUUUUACCACCAAUGUUUCUGUACUUUUUAAACGAUAGUUCAUUAAAAUUGAAACUUCU